GUGUCAGUGGUCCUGCCCCAUGGAAGUGCACCGUCAGUCAUCGAGGAGCGACUGCGUCUGUGUGUGUAGGACCGACGGCAAGCUGGACGACCACAACCAAAAAUAAACAAAGGUGUCCCUGAAGGUCGCAGCAGUCACAGUGACAUGGGCAGGAAAGGUAAUCACACACCCUGCAGAGCUAACACAGGAGCCCCUCGUGAACUGCUGAGCAGAAAAUGACUCAGGGAAAUGGAAUCGGUGAGACGAGGGAUGGCUGCCUCCACUCUCAGGCCUCCGGAGACCUCGAGCAGUCAAACGGCAUCGAGAAAGUUCAAGAGGUCAACCAGUGUGAAUCUGAGGAGGGAGGGCAAAGAGGCGAAAGCGGCGGCUCUGUGGCUGUGCCAGGAACAGUCAUAGCUCCAGAUGGCGGCUGGGGGUGGGUGGUGCUGGCUGCCACCAUCAUAGUCCUGUCUCUGACUCUGGCCUUCCCCUCCUGCGUGGGAAUCUUCUACACCGACCUGCAGAAUGAGUUCCACGCCUCCAACAGCGAGACCUCCUGGGUGCCUUCCAUCAUGACGUCAGUGCUUCACGCAGGAGGUCCCUUUUGUAGUGUGCUGGUGGAGAGACUUGGUUGCCGGGUGACAGUCAUGUUGGGCGGCGUCCUGAGUGGGCUGGGAAUGGCUGCCAGCUCGUUCACCCAGUCCAUCGAACAGCUCUACAUCACAGCCGGGGUUAUUACAGGACUCGGUUUCUGCUUCAGCUUCCAGCCAGCGGUGACGAUCCUCGGUCACUACUUUGUGCGUCGCCGUGCGUUCGCCAACGCGAUGUCCUCCACCGGCACGGCGCUGGGACUUUGCACACUUCCUUUCCUGGGUAACUACCUCCACUACGAGCUGGGCUGGAGGGGCAGCUUCCUUGUUCUGGGGGCUGUGCUGCUGAACUGCUGCGUGUGCGGAGCCGUGAUGAGGCCCCUGCAGCCCCCCAAGCAUCGAGGCCAGCCGCUGAUGAACCACGGACCCCCUCUGCCUGAAGUGGAGAAAGUGACAAAGGAAAAAGGGAGGAUGAGGAGGAUAUGGAACUUCUUUGUGGCUUCUCUGAGAAAACACAUGGCCUUUGAUCAGCUAUGCCACAACUCACGUUACUGCGUGUACGCCAUCGGCAUCACCUGGAUGAUGCUUGGGUUCGUGGUGCCUUUGAUUUACAUGGUUCCCUACGCCACAGCUAACAACAUGGAACAAGGCCGCGCUGCACUGCUGCUUUCCAUCCUGGGUAUGGUCAACAUCGUGGUUCGGCCGCCCUUUGGCAUCAUCUUCAGCAUGCCCUGGUUCAAGGGACGACACAUUUACGUGUUUUCCUUGGCGUUGCUGGUCAACGGGCUCAGUAACACUAUCUGCUGCAUCGGGCCCAGCUUUCCCGUGCUGCUCGCCUACGUGGUUUUCUACGGGCUGUCCAUGAGUGUGGUGGGCUCCCUGAUGUUCACCGUCCUCAUGGAGAUCGUGGAGAUGAACCGCUUCCCCUCAGCCCUGGGCCUGCUCGCUAUCAUGGAGAGCAUCACGCUGCUCAUCGGGCCUCCACUAGCAGGAGUCCUGAUUGACAGCACAGGCGAGUACUACCACGUCUUCUUUGCCUGCAGUACCGUGGUUACCUCUUCCGGCUUGUUCCUCAUCGUGUCAUUUUGGUGGCUGGACAAAAGGGACAGGAAGUUGUUGAUGCAAAGUCAAUCAUCCCCUCUAACUGAACCAGCAAGACCUGUUGUGGACCUAGCUCCUGGCUGUCAGUACCGCAGCGUGCCCACAGAGGGAGACAAAGACAAGGCCUCGUCUGAAGGAGACACCUCCAGUGUCUGAACCCUGCCCCCCCCCCCCCAACACACAUCACAAACUCAAUCAGCUUUGCAGAUUGUUUCCGGAUGUUUGCACCAGCCAGCUUGGUGCGGCAGAUGUUGCAAUGUUUACUUUCCGGCCAUCUGGUGCGCCAUAAAAGUCAAGACGACCGUGAUGAAUAAUUAACGUUAAACACUUAAACCUGUAUACCAAAAUGAACAGAUGUGCACUUAACAACUACAGUGAUUGUACUAUUUAUCGGAAAAUGCUGCUGAUCUUACCAAUGUGAUCACACAAUCUAUCUUACAUUAGGUAUCUCACUUUAUCAAGCCAAGUUGCAUACAGGAUCCUUUGUUGAAGAAAUCACUAAAUUUUUGCUGGAAUGUUUAAUGAUGAUAGUAUAUGAUCAUCAUACAGACAUAUAAUAGGUCUGACUAGCUGCAGUUAAAUGAUACAGUACAACAAACAAAAAUAGAUAUAAAUAGAAAAAAGUCAAAUGUGGUGUGAUUAUUCUAUAUUUGUCCUAGCUACCUUGCCACAGACAAGCAGUGUGUAGAAAUAAUUUAUAGUUAUUUCAUUAAAUGCAAAUAUAUUUAAGGAUUUGAACCUUGAAUGUGCAAUAAGAACUCAUACAAUCCAGAUUGUAAUACUUUUCCACUCAGUGCCUCAACAUUAUGACCACCUAAAGGCCCUCAUCACCUAUCAGGAUAAAUAUUUACUGUAUGUUGAACAAACUUUUGUCCCAGAAAAAAAAUGCAAUUCACUAUUGUUUAUUUAAUUUCAAGACCAUUUAUUUGGAUGAUAAUAUAACAGAACAAUAAGGCAAGCUCACCAUUUAAAAGAGCUAUUAAUGCUUAAUUCUUAAGAAUAUUCAGAAAUUGGAAUUAAGAUCUAAAAACAUAUUAUCCUGAAUACAUAGCACAUUAUUAAAAUAAAAAUGGCUCUCGGGUACUGUUAAUAAAAAUAUGCAGCAUCAGCUUAGUGCCCAAAUCUUGUUACAAUAGGAAAAAAAACCUGCUCUUUAUCAUAUUCGUCAUAUUCACCAUUUAUUCAAAAAAUGCAUAUAAAAACAACAGCCAAUAUCGAGGUCAUGUACAUAAUUUGUACAAAAAGCAAUUAUGUAAAAAGUAUCAAGGUCUUUGCCACAUUAUGUAUAAUUAGUUGAUAACCUAAUAUGUGACGGCCUGGGCUUAAGUGCAAUCCAAAACCAGACUGGCACAGUACCAGUCGAACACUUAAAGAUAAAGCAGCACAUAACUUUGGUGCAAACAGGUCACAAGUAUAAAAAUGUGUCAUUUGUAAUGGCCACAGAACUUGACUACCAACCAAAUAUUGGAAGUAAUCAUGCAUUUUUUGGGGAAUAUUUUUAGCAGCGGUUCAUUCCACAUUACUUCCUUUAGUUAGAAUUCUGGCAGCAGUUCAGUGUAUGUGUGAUUGAGUCGAAAUAAUUCUAUUUUUGACAAGAAAAAUAUAGAAACAUCACCAAAUAUAUCCUUUUAUUAGCAAUAGCUUGACACGUGUUACAGUAGGCCACAUCAGUCACGAAGAGGAAAUAGCAAAUGACAGUGUAAUAUCUUAAAUAUAUUUUCUUGAGUGUUUUGACAUCUUAAGUCGGAGUGUGUUUCUCCUAUGUAUUGUAGAGGCAUUACACACAGCAAGCAUUACACUCAUAUUUAUGGGCUGCUUUAGAUCAUUACAUCUCUUUGUUGUAUACUGUCACAUGUAGAAAAAUUAAAAUUUGUACUGCAUAAGCAGAUAUAAAUCAUGUUUGUUUAGUGUUUCACAUGCUUUUUCAAUCUUUAAUGGAACAGUGCCUUUUUAUAGAACUGCUGCAUUUAAAACCAUAUGAAAGUGUUGAACCCUCGCUGGAGGAUAGAAGCAACUUAUUUAAUGUUGUUAGCUUGUUUUUCUUGAGAGGAAUGUUUUACAGUGGAACUGAGGAGUUUUAUCACACUGUAACUGACUUUACCUUAAAUCCUAAUCAGAGAUUGAAUGUGACAAAUGUUUUGAUAAAUGAGCCAGUGAGACUGUUUUUUGUCAGAUGUGAACAUUUCUGGUGUGCUGAAUUGCAGUAAACUAAAAGACAUUUCUCUACAAUGAGAGGUUUUAUCUUAAUUUUUCAAGGUUUGUAUUGCUUUGGGCCAAAUUAAGCCUUUUAUUAUUAAUUCUUUAUUUAUACAUUAUGAUCGGGGGUGGGGGAGAAUAAAUGUUUGAAUAUUAAA